CACGUCCGUCGCCGUCUUAAACGCCUCCGUAUAACUACGGACUGUGGGUUUUUACUUUUUUCCUGUUCGACGCGGAUAAAUAAAUAAAUAAAUUAUUACUUAUUAGAUUUCGUCGAUCGCGAUCGCCGACCGACGUCACAGACGCGACCGUCCAAUCGAACACUUUUGCACAAUCCCACUGAAUACAGUCGAUUAACACGUUAGACAUAAUAAUAUUAUUAAUAUAAUAAUAUGUAUACGAUUACAGUCCCGCGUCCCCUUGGUCCAAGCUAAGUCCACCCGGUCCGCGGUUGUCGUCAGUACUUCCCGUCCCCGUCGAUCGCCGUCACGAAUAAUCUGGAUAAUAAUAUACUUAAAAAUCGCGGUCGUCAGACGGUGCGCGCGUACAGUUGUACACUCCUAUGUCUAAGUGCGCGCGCUUUUGCCUCUAGUAGCACAGAAUAAAAUUGUAAUAAAAUUGCUAGUAGUGGCACGGAUUAUAUAAAACCGAUACAAUCUGUGGUGGUGGCAAAAACGAGUUGAUAAUGCACAAUCGUUAUCCGUUUAAUUGCGCCGUGUCGUACUGUCGUCCGAACCGGCUGUAAAUCCCGUCCACCGUUGAUUCGCCGGAUCGCCGAUCACGUUCAUCGUAUUUUUCGUAUUUUCGUCGACGCUCAUCGCUGCCGACCGUCCGCUCGAUCGCAACAGCUGACCGCCGUCGUCGUCGUCGCCGUCGUCGUCUUCACCCACUGACCCACCGACGUGUCUUUUAUCAUUAAAUAUUUGUCCGCGAAUAGAGAUUGCAAAACCUUACCCGCGGUUCAUCGUCUUCAUUAUCUUCUCGCCAUCCCUCCGCCGUUCCGUUCACUCGUCCUCUCGCACCACCCGCAAUGUCGGUUUCGGCCGUGAACAGGAUCGGACUCAGGGCCAAGAUAUGGAGCUCGCUGACCGGCCGGGUGGGCCCGAAGACGUAUUUCACGUACACGCCCCAAGUGUCGCAAGUAUUGGACCGCGAGCCGAAGUGGGUGUCCGCCGACGAAGCCGUCCAGUGCAUAAAGUCCGAUAAUACAGUUUUUGUGAGUGGUGCUGCUACUACACCAAUUGAAAUUCUCCGUAGUAUGACUGAUCAUGGAAAACAAAAGCAAUUAAAAAAUAUACGCGUAUGUAGCAUUCAUACUGAAUUUGAGUCACCAUAUUCAUCCCCAGAAUGUGAAGGAAUAUUUAGACCAAUGGCUUUUUUUAUUAGUUCCAAUAUGAGAAAGUGUAUAAAUGAAGGUCGUGGUGAUGCUGUACCAAUAUUUUUACAUGAUAUACCCUAUGUAUUUGAACGAAAUGUUAUACCAGUAGAUGUAUCAAUUAUCUCGGUAUCACCUCCUGAUCAUCAUGGUUUUUGCAGUCUUGGCACAAGUGUGGAUUGCAUUCGUUCAGCUUUAGGAAAAUCUAAAAUAAUAAUUGCACAAGUUAAUAAAUGUAUACCACGCACAUUUGGGGAAGCCAUCAUUCAUCAAUCACAUAUUGAUUAUGCUGUCAGAUGUGACCGUGAAUUACCAGCUCAUGAACACAAAGAUCCAAAUCCUACUGAAACAGCUAUUGGCAAACAUAUUGCUGACAACCUUGUUGAAGAUGGUGCCACAUUACAAAUGGGCAUUGGUGCAAUUCCAGACGCCACGCUUACCUGUCUUAAAGAUCACAAGGAUUUAGGAAUCCAUUCAGAAAUGUUCAGUCUUGGUGUUAUUGAUCUAGUCAAGUCAGGGGUUAUAACCAAUCAUAAUAAAACAUUUGAUAAAGGACUGAUUGUAACAAGUUUCUUAAUGGGCAACAAGAAGUUGUAUGAUUUUGUUGAUAACAAUCCAUUAAUAUGUAUGAGGCAAGUAUCAUAUACCAAUAAUGUACAUAUAAUAUCUCAACAACCUAAAAUGACUGCAAUUAAUUCUUGCAUUGAAGUAGACUUGACUGGACAAAUUGUGUCUGGAUCUAUUGGAUAUAGAUUAUACUCGGGGUAUGGUGGUCAAGUAGAUUUCAUUAGAGGAGCUGCUGAAGGUUUUGACGGUAAGGGUAAACCUAUCAUUGCCCUAGGUUCUGUGAAUCCCAAAACUAAGGAUGCUAGAGGUUUGCCAAGCAGCAAAAUUGUGCCUAAAAUUCAAGAAGGAGCUACGGUAGUUACUACCAGUGCACAUGCUCAUUAUGUAGUGACUGAGUUUGGUGUUGCCUCAUUGUUUGGGAAGAGUUUGAGACAACGAGCACAUGCUUUGAUAAAUAUAGCCCACCCUGACCACAGAGAAUGGUUAGAAAAAGAAGCAUUUAACCGUUUAAAAGUUAUGCCGAGUGCAUGAGCACUGUUAUAUUAUUAUAUUAUGUAUUCAACAUUUCAAUGUAUUAUUUAUUUUUUUUGUUUAAUUAAUAAUUAUAUUACCCAAGUAAUUUAUCAAUUUUGCUAAAAUAUUAUGAUGUAUUCUUGUCUAUAUUAUGCUUAUUAUCAUAUUGAGUAUAAUUUGAUUGAUAAUAUAUUUUUCACUCCAUGGUAA